AUGCUGAUUUCUCUUAUGGUCUUCUGUGAGAUGCGCGGCCGUACGGGGUGGGUCCCCAGAAACUUUAUUGGAGAGGAGUCGGCCUGUGCAUCCGCCAGACCAGCGCAGAGUUCGCGGAGUGAAACGGUCCCGUCGACGGCUGCUGACAGUAAGAGGCAGGAGGAUGAGUGCGACCGUUGCGCAAAACUGGAGAAGCAAAUCCAGGACUUGAAGCUCGCAAUCGCAGAGAUAAAGAAGACCAGCCAGUCUCCCUUUAAUGGCAAGGCGAUUGGGACCUACACGGUUCUGCGAAAGGAAAGUCGGUACUACGUCGUCGAGGCCACCUUCCCGGGAACGACCGAGAAGCAGUACUUCAAGUGGUACUUCGACCCUGUGGAGGCCUCGGAGAGCUUGUCUGGCUGA